ACAUUAACACACAAAAGUGCACAAUGUCAAAAUCACUUUGGAAACUACCAAAGAACAUCGCAAUAAUUGGGCUUACUGAUAUUUUGUUCUUUUCUAAUUUUUUAUGUUCAAACAUACGUAACAUCAUCACAUUAGUCACUGAUUCUUUUUGUUUUUGUUUGUAAUUCACAUGCUAAUUAUUUUUUUUUUUACUCUGUGUGUAUCUCAUACUUCGUUGACAAUUAGAAUGUUCGCACACGUAAUCAGUCUCUUAAAAGUUGCAUGCGCUUGCAAAGAUCUUUUCCCCCACCGUUGUUUUGUCCUCCAUUUGGUUUCGCAAUUAACAAAACGUUUUGCAUGUUCAUUUGUUUCUUUUACAGAAGACGUGAAAUUUAGCGGUUGGUUCAACGAGGGCCAAUUAGAGUUCGACGAGAACAUCUCGCAGAGUUGCUACGAAUUCGUAACCACCGAUUAUCACGACCUAUCCCCGGAAUCCUUGGAACACCGUAAGAAAAAGCAGAUCGCCACAUGCGUAUGCACGGAAUGCGGCAAGAGUUUCUCGAGAUCCGACAGCCUCAAAAGACACGAGAAGCUGUACUGCAAAGUGAAAACGAGAACGGCCAAUGUGGCGCCGUCGAGAAGAACGCCGAAGACGAUGCGGAGGUAUGCGAAGUGCCCUUCCACGGUCAACUCAAUUAUCUGCUAUGCGACUCACCAAUUCUGAGCAACGUGGAGACCACCGUGAUCCAAAAAAACUCCAAGUCCUGUCAGCAAUUCCGUUGUGACGGCUGCGGCAGGUCGUACACGAGAGUCGACAGCCUGAAGCGUCAUCAGCAGAAGUGCGACGAAUUCCUGGCGUCGUUCCAGGAUCAACAAGAGACGAUGGAGAGACUUCAGCAGGAGUAUUAUUGCAAUCAGUGCGGCAAAACGUAUAAAAGACUUGACACUUUGCGCCGGCAUCAGCGACAAGUGUGCGGUGACAAGGAUAAUAGUCAUUCCUUAAAAGUGGACAAGACUAAUUGAUGAAGGAAGAGAUCUCAGUGAUCAGUUUUAUCGAUAUCGAUCUUAGAUUGGUCUCUCUUGAGAGAAAAAUUAGCAGUUUUGUGAUGUGAUAAAAUAGCGCGAUUUCUUGCAAACGAGACUGUGCUCUUAAUUGUUGCGUUCCAUUAGAAUAACGUUUCAUUUGUCUUAAUGAGUGUGUCAAUAUAGCAUAAUGAUAUAUAUAUAUAUAUAUGUACAUACAUAAGUUAUAUAUUAUAUUAACUAUAUUAAAUACGUUUUGCUCUUUAUAUUACAAAAAAUCUUUCGUAAACUUUAUAUUUAUAAACAACAUAAGAGCUGUACGUGUGUAUAUUGAUUAUAUUCUAAAGAUGAGAGAUGAGACGUAGACUUGUGGAGAUGAGAGAGAUAAGCUCAUCAUCAAAUCACUUUGUGUUGCUAAAUAUUUUGUUACGACACACUUUAUAUGAGAUAAUACUUACAAAAUGAACACAUGCAAUGGAAUUCAGACUAAUUAUUACGUGUAAAUAAGUCUAUAUUGUUCAUACGCGCUAUUUAUAGAAACAUAAUAUGUAUAUGUAAACUCUAUUCUCUGCAAUUACAUUACUGUGUGUAAAUUAUAUUCACAUUUCACGUAAAUGUCUCGCAUUAUACUGCUAAGUAAACAAUUGUUUCUUUUGUGAAUAAUGACGUUAUAAAAAAUUUACACGUACAAUAUAGAA